AUGAAACACCUUAGCGUUCAUCUCGUUAAUGUGAACCCGCGAAAAACCGAAGCCGAAUCAAUGUUCUGUCCGCAUUAUCGAAUGGAAAAAGCGAGUUUCGCCGUCGAGUUCUCGCUUUUUAUCGGAGUCAGCAUUGGGUUGACGAUCGUUUUCCAAAAAGCCGCUCGUUUUCUCGUACCGUAUCUCAUUACAAAGGCAUUCGACGAGAAUUACACGAUGACGAAAUACGUUGUGCAGCGGAUACUUGGCGGACAACAGGAACAUGAUCCUCGUGGUAGAGCCACUGUUGCUUCUGGAUGCGUGUCCGAGAUUUGUGCUGCAUGGAAUCUCGAUGAGAAAGAGAAAGAGAAAGAGAGAAGAAAAGAGAAAAUCAUCAAA